UCUAUUCUAUUCUAUUCUAUUCUAUUCUAUUCCUCCAUUGGAUUCAUUGUGUCCUUUAGUAAAGUAAAUGGAAAAAGUUGUUGGAAGAUGCAUUUUCUUUAAUAGGCAGUUUUAGUUUGGAUUUGAAUUUUAGUUCGGAUUUACUAUCAGCGAGGGCCAUUUUGUGAUUGGAGAUUACCAGAAAGUUGCCAGUCAUCUGGUAUUUACUCGCCAGUGUUUUAAUUUGCAUUUAGUGUUGGCCGAGUGGUAAUUUUGAUCUCCAGCAACGAUCCCUUGUGUUUCUGUUGGUGAUGAACGCCAUGCACCCCUUCCCAACCCCCUCUGCUCCAUUCCCCCUCCUCUCCGCUGCUUCUGCAGCAUCCACUGAGUGAGAGGCAGCAGCAACCCUUCGUACACGCUCACAUCAAGGAUACAGCCAACCUGAGUCGAGCGCUGCUCUCAGGGACGCCCCGUUGAGAGACAACCGAGCAAGUGAAUGAAGACGGACUGGUAGUUUGACUUUGGAUUUGUAGGCUGGCUCCUUUUAUCCUUGUGAAAGGACUGUAAUUGAAUCGCGUGUUUUGGGAUAUCGUAGAAGGACGUUCAGGGUACGAGGUACGGACCAGGAUGGCCCGUUUGAACUGGUGCUUGGCAGCUCUUCUCAACUGGGCGAAGUUCCUCUUCUUUUGCCUCUUUCCACUCAAACUGUCCAAGACAGGGAAGCCUGAAGAGUUUGAAGCUGUCCACUCCCACACCUUCCGGCUGAAGACGUUCAAGAAGGGGAAGCACUGCGGCGUGUGCAAGCAGACUGUAAACAAUGAGGGGCUCAUCUGCAGAGUUUGCCGGUUAGUCUGCCACAGGAAGUGUGAGGUUAAGGUAUCAUCCUCCUGCGUUCCUGUUGCCAACUAUGAACUGGCCCCCAGCAAUGACCUCCCACUGAAACAUAUAGAGACAACAGGCUCAACCAAAUCCUCCAAGAGCAUGGAGUCUCGACGCAGACCAUCUAGGAGCUUGAGUUUGAUCCAGGCCAUGGAGGAAAACUAUGAGGUGGACCUGGUCUACAUCACCGAGCGCAUCAUUUCUGUGACCUUCCCCAGUAAUGUAGAAGAGCCGAGCUACAGCGCUAACAUAAAGGAGGUCGCCACCAUGCUACGCUCCAAACAUGGUGACAACUAUUUGCUCUUCAACCUCAGUGAAAAGCGCUAUGAUAUCUCCAAGCUGAAUCCCAAAGUGCUGGAUUUUGGCUGGCCAGACCAUCAUGCUCCAGCCCUGGAUAAGAUCUGCAGCAUCUGCAAAGCCAUGGACACUUGGAUGAACGCUGACAGUCACAAUGUGGUGGUUUUACACAAUAAGGGAAACCGAGGUCGAACCGGGGUAGUUGUGGCUGCGUACAUGCAUUACAGCAACAUAUCAGCAAGUGCAGACCAGGCUCUGGACAGGUUUGCCAUGAAGCGCUUUUAUGAAGAUAAAGUGCUUCCUGUGGGUCAACCCUCCCAGAGAAGGUAUGUGCAGUAUUUCAGCGGUCUGCUCUCCGGCCACAUCAAGAUCAACAACAAGCCCCUGUUUCUGCACCACGUCAUCAUGCACGGGAUCCCAAACUUCGAGUCCAAAGGAGGUUGCCGCCCUUUCCUCAAGAUCUACCAGGCUAUGCAGCCCGUCUACACAUCUGGGAUCUAUAACGUCCAAGGAGACAGUCAGACCAGUAUCUGCAUCACCAUUGAACCCGGCCUGCUUCUGAAAGGAGACAUCCUGCUCAAGUGUUAUCACAAGCGCUUCCGCAGCCCGUCCCGUGAUGUUAUCUUCAGAGUGCAGUUUCACACCUGUGCCGUCCACGAUCUGGGCAUCGUCUUCGGCAAAGAUGAGCUUGAUGAAACAUUUAAAGAUGACAGAUUUCCUGAAUAUGGAAAAGUGGAAUUUGUCUUUUCUUUCGGCCCAGAAAAAAUCCAAGGAAUGGACCACCUUGAGAACGGGCCCAGUGUUUCUGUGGACUACAAUACCCAGGAUCCUCUGAUUCGCUGGGAUUCUUACGAGAACUUCAACCAGCGCUGUGAAGAUUCAGUGGAGGACGUUAUUCACACACAAGGUCCAUUGGAUGGUAGUCUCUACGCUAAGGUUAGGAAGAAAGAGUCUUUCGACGGAGGGGUCACAACCAAUGGUCUCCCAGCCACUGUCGAUCACACUUUACCUGCUGUAGACCACACUCUACCACCAGUCGACCACGCCUUGUCUGUAAGCAGUGACUCGGGCAACUCCACCGCUUCCAUCAAAACCGACCGCACGGAUGAAGCCAGCCAUCAGCCGGCCUUGGUGAGUCAGCCGUCCUCCCAGCCCCUCAGCCCAGAGGAAAAACAGGAGCUGGACCAGUUGCUCAGUGGUUUGGAAGCGCCAAUGCAUCGCACAGGUUACCAAAGCAGCUCUGGCAGCGGAGGCGGCGGAGUCCUACACCUCGUGCCCGCCCAGGUUCAUGUCAACGGACACAACAACGUAGACCGUGAGACAGAUAUCCUCGAUGAUGACCUGCCCAACAGCCAGGAAGGGAACAGUGUGGACAGUCUCGGAACCCUCUCAUCUUUUGAGGGCAGAGCCACUCCAGCAGAUCUAUACUACCAGUCAGAGACGGUCAUUAAUGGACAAGAUGCACCCUACUUGGAGAAGGGUGUCCACGAGAAAAUACCAGAGCCCAAAGUCCACAGCUCCUCAUCUGUCCAAGAGCACUUAGGGUCCUCUAGUGGCUACGCCAACCAGAAUGGCAACAUCUACCGAUCUCAAUCAUUAGGGGCAACUCCGACCACGGAGCAGAAGUGCAUGCCCAAAGCUCCUACACGCACGACCAGCAGUAGGGAUGCAGUGCAGAGGGGACUGAAUGUGUGGCAACAGUAUGGUGUUCCUGAGGUCCCAGUCACAGAUGGGGUCACCUUCAACCCUGUACUACAAUCCCACAGCCUUCCGGAGUUUCCUCACAUGGCAUCUCAGAAAGAAAUUGAGCAGUCCAUCGAAGCCCUCAACAUGCUGAUGCUGGACCUUGACCCAGCACUUACUCAAGUCCCCAAGUCCCAUAGUGCCCCAUCUGGAGAGGGUGGAGUGGUCACCACCCAACCAUCUUUCUCUCAAACCCAAGCACGGCCAUCCUACCAAGCAGAUGCAGCCAUUCAUGACCGAGGUGGGGUCUCUUCAGGGGGAUACCCUUUGACCUUUCAACAGGUAGCCGCAGAGCCUCCACAACCCUCCAUGAACCAACAGAGACCAGCCAUAUCCCAACAUGCUGCAUUCCCUUCUGAGACAGAAGGUCAGGCUCCUAUGUUCCAGUCCACAGUGCCUUCCUCCAACUUUGGAGUUCUCCAGUUGAAACCCCUCAACAUUUACCCUUCAAGCACCACGUCCCAGUCCCUUGAGCCCCAGGAGAGCCAGCGUAGCUAUUCUGCCUCCUCAUCCCCUUUGCCUAAAGAGUCUGAACCGGAAGAUGCCAACUACAAAUUGGAUGGUCUUGUAGCUCACCGUGUAGCUGAGUACACUGCUCGUAUCCGAGGCAUCAGUGACAGGCAGAAUGCUCCUGAGCUCGGCCACCGCCGCUGCUCUUUCUCCUUCAGUGGAGUUCAGUCUGGUGAAAUGUCACCAGUUGAGGCUUCGGUUCCUGGAAGGUGCCGGACCCUCAGUGAAGGCCUUUCCCAAGACGAGAGCCCAGCCCAAGGAAGCUCGGUCCGCUCCCCCAUCCGCUGCAUCUCACCCGAGCUGGCCAAUACGAUUGCUAUGAACCCUGGGGGGCGGCCCAAGGAGAGACACAUGCACAGCUACAGGGAAGCGUUUGAGGAAAUGGAUGGGGGUCCCGUCAGCCCCCCUCCGAUUGUUGGUGGUGAGGCCAUACCCCAAACCCCUGCCUUCCCUGUCUCGCCACAAACCCCUUACUUCAACCUGAGUCGAUCUCCUCCAGGACUGGCUAAAACACCACUGUCCUUCCUGGGCUUGAAGCCCCACAACCCUGCUGAGAUACUGCUCCACCAGACAGGCUCAGAGCCUCGUAGCUAUGUGGAGUCUGUGGCCAAAGCAGCUGCAAGUGGGCCGCUAACAUAUGACAGCGACAGCUUAGCUCGUCCUGCCGGGCUGUCCCAUGCCUACAAUGCUCCUCUUUCCUCCAGCAGCCCUAUUCAGUGCCCAGAUGCAGUUGAAAACACAUUGACCGAUAGCGGGGUGGGGUUGAAUUCACUGUCCCAGGCUGCUGUCGACUCCGUCCUUCACUCCCAGCCUUCCGAAAGCACAUACCAAACACCCACACCCUCUUACCCCACCUCUAGCAGCAUGUUGGGUGGCUACAUCACCCCUGAUAUCAGCCCCUCUCUACCAGAGGCCAUACAAAAUAACACCACGACCGUCCAGCCACUCCCCGGAAGUCCUGGCACAAGAUACCAAGCUGUCCUGCCUGACAUGACGUCCGCUCCCAGCCUCCAGCACAGACUACCUAAUCAGGACGGCCCCGUUCUGGGCCGUCAGCCGACUCCGGCCAACGGUCAUCUGCCUGGAAUGGCUGGUAGUCCCCUGCAAGGAAGACACACAAUGGUGUCCCAGGGAACGCAGAGCAGUCCGAUGCUGUCCAGACAGUAUCCCGUCACCUACGGGACUCAGAGCAGUCCGAUUCUCAGCAGGCAACCCUUGGGACAAGCCAUCCAGAGCAGCCGACAGGCGUCCCUGAAUCAACCAAUCAUUCUGCCUAACCAAAGCAGCCCAGUGUUGAGUAGACAGCCAUCUGUUACCCAAGCCAACCAGGGUAGCCCCGUCCUGAGCAGGCAAUCUUCACUUACACAUCCCAGCCAGGGCAGCCCCAUUCUGGGACACCACCCAUCCCUAACGCAGGGUAGCCCCAGUCUGGACAGGCACCCGAUGUACAGCGGCUACACCACUCCAGAAGAGCGGCAUGGAGCCCUUUCACGCCAAAGCAGUUCCUCUGGAUACCAGCCGCCAUCUACACCUUCUUUCCCAGUCUCUCCGGCGGGAUACAUAGAUGGAGUGGGAUUCAGGCAGGGCAGUCCUGCCCCCCAACCUCAGCUUCCUGAAAAGAGACGCAUGUCCAGCGGCGAUCGCUCCAAUGGCGGACUGUCCUACGGAACGCUCAAUGGGAAGAUGUCCUCGCCGGUGUCCAGUGGCGGCAGCACUCCAAGCGUUCAUUUCUUCAACACGCUCCCUGACUUCUCCAAACUCAACAUGUGCGAUGGAAGUCCGGAGACCAGGCUGAACGUGAAGUUUGUCCAGGACACGUCCAAAUUUUGGUAUAAACCAGAUAUCUCCAGAGACCAAGCGAUCAACAUGCUGAAGGAUCAAGAGCCUGGAGCCUUUGUCAUUCGGGACAGUCAUUCAUUCAGAGGGGCCUACGGCUUGGCCAUGAAAGUUGCCUCUCCACCUCCGACCCUGCAACCUACAAAGAAAGCCGGAGACGUCACUAAUGAGUUGGUGAGACAUUUCCUGAUUGAGACGAGUCCAAAAGGCGUGAGACUGAAGGGCUGUCCUAAUGAGCCAUACUUUGGCUGCCUGUCUGCACUGGUCUACCAGCACUCCAUCACUCCUCUGGCUCUACCCUGCAAACUAGUCAUACCAACCAGAGAUCCUCUGGAGGAGUCGCCUGAGAUUGCAACACCAACUAACCCAGCGGCAGAGAUGCUCAAACAGGGUGCAGGGCAGAAGAGUCCAGCUGACUCCCAUGCAUGCAAUGUCCUGUACAUAAACUCUGUGGAUAUGGAGUCUCUGACUGGGCCUCAGGCCGUUGCCAAGGCCAUCUCAGAAACCAUGGCAGGCAGUCCCACACCUUCAGCCACCAUUGUUCACUUCAAGGUGUCGGCACAAGGCAUCACACUCACUGACAACCAGAGAAAGCUUUUCUUCAGACGUCAUUAUCCCAUCAGCACGGUCACGUUCUGCGACAUUGAUCCACAGGAGAGGAAGUGGAGCAAACCAGAGGGUGGCACUGCAAAGUUCUUUGGCUUUGUGGCCAGAAAGCAAGGCAGCACGACAGACAACGUCAGUCACCUGUUCGCCGAGAUGGAUCCCGAUCAACCGGCCACAGCCAUCGUCAACUUUGUCUCUAAAGUGAUGAUCAGCUCUCAGAAGCGGUGAACUCUUACCGCAGCGCUGCUUUCUGGAGGACUUUCAUUUUGCUCCGUUUGAAUUGUUUUUAAGUUUCUGUUUUUCGUUCUGUAUGUUUGGGUGAGAGGCUGUGUGUAUGUGUGAGGGAGGGUUAUUCGGAUGGCAGUGAGGAAGAGGGACAGAGGAAGUGCAGUGUGGGCGUAGAGGAGUGAAGUACAGAGGGGAGGUGAUCUUCAUCUCACUCGGAGGGGACGUGGAAAUGAUGUCGGUGAUUUUGUUGCUCUUUUUUUUUUUUUUUUAAGAAAAAAGGAAAAGAAAAAGUUAAAAAAAAAAGGUUGAUGAGGAGGCUGAAAUGUGGGGCUGAUGUACCAAAGAUAAGAGAGCAGUCAGGACAAGCCAAUCGUUAUUCAAGCGUCCUUGUAUAUCUUGGUAAACCACGGCUGCUUCGUUAAAACUGUACAUAUGAACUGAAGCAGCUCCUCUUUUCCUUCUGAAAGCGGCUCCUGUUUCUCACGCUACAAGUGCAAGACCUUUUCAUAAGCCAAGAGAUAAACGCAAAACCUUGCACGUAACAGAUCUGGCAGAAGAUACAAGGUUAGAUAUUCCCAUCCUCAAAGAUGCUCUUCUCAGAGAAAAUGGGAUGCUGGAGUUGGUGUUUCUUAAUUUUCAGAUAUCAACUCAGGAAAGUGCAAUACAAUGGCAUUAAAAGUCAGAUUCACAGAUGAUGUAUAAGGAAAAAAUAAUGGCGACACCAUUUUGCACAUAUAUAAAAAUUGCUUAAAAGUGAACAUUUAUCCUUAUCUGGGAGCAGCUGUUUGCAUAAUGUCAUACAUUUCAAGUGAUGUUUAUUUCUAUAGCGCUUUAUACAAUACAGAUUGUUUCAAAGCAGCUGCACAGUAAUAAACAGGAAAUUCCAGUAUUAAAUUAGCAAAAUUAAUAAAUGAUGGAAGAACUUCAAUCUCAGCUCAGUUCAAUGUUGGUUCAAUUCAGUUCAUUAACAGUGUCAAUGUUGGAAAGUUCAUCAAUAUUUAAAAUGAAUUGAAAGGCAAAGUCAAAUUGAUAAUAGUUUUCUGAAUAAACCCCAAGUGUGCAAGCCAAAGGCAACAGUGGCAAGGAACCAAAACUCCAUCAUGAAUCAAAAUGUUGCAUUCAGCUCUUUCCACUUGGGAAACAUCUCAGUAGUGGAUGGACGUCUGAUUUUAUAUGCUGUUCUAUUGCACUUUCCAAGCAGGUAGUUGUAACCUCUGAGCUGAAUUGAACACACUACCUUCAGUGUCAACUUUUAGCUCCCGGUCUGCAGUUGUUAGCGUCCAUGAGCCGCUGCUGUGCUCUCUUCUCUUCAGGUCUGAGUGUGUAUCAUUGUGUAUCUGGCAGUAAGGUGUGGAUCUGUCACUGUAUCUCUAUGCCUCGCUUCAAACACACUCACACUAUCAUUCUACCCCAAAGUAAGCUAAGUAUAUAUAUAUAUAUAUAUAUAUAUAUAUAAAAUACAUCAAAAAGUGAUUUUACUGAAUAUUUAUUGUAUUAUGAUGUUUUUGCUACCUUUUUUUUGCUCCAUGUAACUCAUUUACCCAUAGAUAUAUUGUAUAGUCUACACAAAGAUUAGCCUCCAAAAGAAAUAAUCUUUAUUUUGGCUAAUAUUUCAAAAUCGUGUGAUUUUGAGAAGCGUUCUAUGAUAUAUGGUGUAAAGUGUAUGUAUUUGGAAAGCUCGUCAUUAUUGGAUAUUUUCUCACGUUGUUUUCCUUUAGCUUUAGAUCGACAUAGACUUUGCUUUUGCAUACGUAAGGAUUACAUCCUAAAAUUCCUUCAGAUUAAGUGAGUUGGCUGAUAUGUUUACUGCAAGAGGCUUUGUGUAAAGAAAAGUAAAGAAGCGUCUUUAUUUUUGUAUUAUUGUUAUUAUUUUGGCGUCCUUUCCCUCCCAGUGUUCAGCCCUCGGUGAAACCCACUCGUUUGGCCGCUCACAGUGAUUCUCUCAGGCAGAAUUCAGUAUUGUUUCAUACUGCCAUCGUGAGGCACUGUCAGGUAUUGCCAGCCAUAUCAUCAUCUAUGCAUCCUCUACAAUUCCCUUAGAUUCACGGACCCUUAUUAAAUUUAGAUGAAAAGUAAUACUGCAGUGUUUUAACUGUGAUUUGCAGAGAAAGUACCCCCCACUUCUUUAGUUUAAGCAGCAUGUCCGUGCCGCCCCGAAAAGGGUCCCGUGUUUCCCCGAUUUGGGUGUUUUGCUUUUAUGUAUGUAAAUACUUCAUUUUUGCCAAAGAUUUUAUUUCACGUUUGUACGCCUUAGUUUGAGAAUUGAUCACUGUCUGGUCGUGUGCGAACGACGGCUUGUUGUUUUUGGCAUGGGGGUCUGUUUUGACUCGAUGCACAUGCUAUAUGACGUGUUCCACUGUGUUUGGUUGCCAUGAUUCCCUUGUGUUUAGCCUUACAAAACUGCUCCAAAAGAAUGCAAAGCACUUAAUGAUCAAGAGCUGAAAAAGAGCAAAAUAUCAAAUAAAUAUGACUGCUUCAAUUAUCCUAACAGCAACACCGUGUUUACACUGGAAGCGUCCAGCGGCGUGAGGUUGUCUGCAAUGGAAGCUCGAGGCUAUGCAUCAAUCAAAACACACAAUCUGUGGAAAAUCAAAUUCUAUUUUAAAACUGACUUUGCAUGGGCUGUUUUAAAAUAACGACUUUCUUGUAGGUCUGUUCUUACGUAAAUAGUUGCAUUUAAUUCAGUUUACGUAAGAAUGAAUUUGCAAUUUGUGCCAUCAAUUCAUGAAUGAGGUGCAAUUUUGCAUUGCAACAAUUGAGCACAUAUGGUUAGAUGGUUUAAAUUAGUAGGCUAAAUUUCACAGUCUGACUUUGAUGUAAUAAUCAAGUUAUUUAAAUUAAAUUCAUAGCAAUUAAUUUGCAAGUAAAAUGAUUUCAGAUUGAAGUCGCUAGAAAGUGUAGGCGGUUGGAAGUCAUUACAUUUGUGGUGCUGGACGUGUCUGGUGUAAACAUGGUGUAAGAGUGAUGAUGCACACUAGAAUAUAUAUUUACUUGCUUUGCUUGACUUUCUGGAUAUUUCAUUCGGUGCACAGGCUUAGAUAAACAACACAAGCCAUGUGUUUUCCAAACAGUCAUUUCCAAACCACACAGAAGUGACGAGGUUUUUGCAUUUACCUGAAAACAUUUAGGCAGUCAGAAAAAGAGACCUUCCAUCAAAGUGGCUCCCCACUCCUCCAUGUAUUAGUCAGCAGUGUUGUGUUAUUAUAUUUUUUUAUGUCCACUCGUUAACAGACUUAGAAUGUGUGAAUGAGCUACUAUUGCUGUACAGAACCACAUCGUUUUAUUUGCUUCAUGUUUUACAGCCUCAUUGUAUUGUUUUGGCAAAAAAACCCCAAAAAAAACAAAAAAAAAAACAAAAUACAUUAAAGAGCUGUCCGAAUCAGUUACAUUAAAGUACACUGUUGCUAGAAAAA